GGCUUGAUAAUAUGCAUGCGAUAUUGGUGGGGGCACCGACUGGUUCAUCCUUUUGAGGAGUGGUGCUCGUUAGCUUAGACCGCGGCGCAAGAAGUUGGAUGAAAACUACUGGUUGAAGUGCCUUGCAUUUUAUCAGGAUACAGUACAUAAGUUGGAGCUUUUCUUGGGGCUUUGAAAUUAUUUGAAACUCCAUCGCAAAUUCCAUCACAAUCCGUACUGCUCUUGUCUUUUGAGAUGGCUCUGCUCUUCAUCAUGCCUCACGCAAUUACUCCUGACACAACUACGACAUAUAGCGAUUGGCGUGAUGACCUUUACAGAAACGGCUUCGCUGUCAUCAAAGCUGCUGUCCCAGCAGGCCGUGCUGCUAGCUACGUUGAAUCAAUGACUCAAUGGCUAGAGAAAUUCCCUCUCGGCUUCGACCGCAAUGAUCCCAACACAUGGACUGAAGAGCACUUGCCUGCCAACAUGAAAGGAGGGAUGUAUCACGGCUAUUCUGUCUCCCACGAAAAGUUUGUCUGGGACGCUCGUCUCGAACCCGGUGUCCUCGACGCCUUCUCGAAGAUUUGGAACACAGAAGAACUCCUGGUCUCCUUUGACGGAAUCAACAUGACUCUUCCCCUUCCCGAUACAAGCCACCCCAAACCUGCCAGAUGGCCACACCAAGACCAAGACUCCAAGAUCCGCGGUUUCCAAUGCGCCCAAGGUAUCAUCAACCUGGUAGACAAUGGGCCCAAUGAUGGUGGACUUGUAGUCAUGAAAGGAAGCCACAAGUUUAACGACGAGUUUUUCAAGACUCAUAGCAUGGAGAAAAAGGAGAUUUGGGGCAAAGUCCCGGAUGAUUGGCACGGAUUUGAUGAUGAGGAGGUCAAAUGGUUCGAGGAUAGAGGCUGUGAGAUUAUCAAGGUUUGUUGUGCUGGGGGUGAUUUGAUCGUGUGGGAUUCGAGGACGGUGCAUUACAACGUUUUGCCCGAAGGGCAGGAAACCAGAGCUGUUGUUUAUGCUUGUUAUACACCAGCUGCGCUAGCCAGUGCAGAGGAUCUGGAGAAGAAGAAAGAAAUUUUCGAGAAGAGAGAGCGUACUACUCAUUGGCCCCAUCGGAAUUUCUGGCGAGCAACAGAGAUCUUGAGACUUGGCAAGAAAGAUCCUUAUCAUCGUGACAGGCCCUUUGACGAGCCGGUCCUCUCUGAAAAGCUUUUGAAGUUGGCUGGAGCGAUGCCUUACUAGUGGUGGGAUGAUGAAGGCAGGAGAGGAUAUUGUUGAGAGCAGGUCAGAGAGCUCGAGCGAAGGCGGCUCGGUGAUUUGUGUCUCAAGUUGCAAUACGCAUUCAGACCAUUGAAAGCUUAGGAGCGUUGCAUUUCACCACAAAGAGAAGAGUCCCAUGCUUGCUUGUAGUUCUUCGCUAUUGUUGUGGUAUUUUUCUGAGUG